CACUUGUCUCUUUCCGCCUUGCAGCCCGAGCCAGAGUCCUGAAUCGGAAUCCCCACACCAAUCACUACUCUCACUAGUCCAAGUCUCCAAGACCACAACCCACAAGCCCCCCACCUCCACUUCUGCCAUUGCCAUGGCCCGGCUGGGUGGAGAAUAUAUCCCGUAGGUGGCGCAUCCCCCGUCCCGCACCCGCCUCUGCCGCCGCCGCCCUGGCCACUUAUCGGUCCUAGCAAGCAAAGGUCACAAGUUGGGAAUUGCUUAGUCAGUCCGAUACUGAGUACUGACUGUGCAGCUAGAUUUGUGUUUCUGGUCAACCGCUCAGUUCAUGUCUUCCGAAUCUGCUUCCCAAAGUAUGCCCGAGCAGACGGCAAAGCCAAAGGAAAUGGGGGAAGAUGACAGACAAGAAUCUGCUGCCGAGGAGAUUUUGGGGGAGCGGAUACCGUCUCACCAGCAGCAAGGAUCUCCAUCUUCUGUGUUGGACAAGGAUACUUCAGGACCUCCUUCAGAUUCUGGGGUCCUGGAUGUGCCACUAGCACCACUUGAAGAAGAUUCUGAUGAGUUAAAAGAGAACAAAAACUCAGAUUCUAAUGGGAAUCAAGAAAAGAAGACAUCACAAAAGAGUAGUAUGAGUGACAGCUUUGCUUCUGCUAAAGCAAGUGAUGGGACAAAUAGUUUGGGCAAGACCAGUGGUAGUGCUAAGACCAGUGGUAGUGCUAAGACGAGUGGUUGUGAUUUCACUGAGAGUGGUAAGAGCAGCAUGUGCCGUGUGAGUGCAAGCAGUGACUUAAGCGAUGAGAGCUCGUGCAGCAGCAUGAGCAGUGCUACCACAAAGCCGCACAAAGGAAAUGAUUCAAGGUGGGAAGCGAUCCAAGUGGUCAAAUCCAGGGAUGGGGUUCUUGGUCUGAACCAAUUUAGGCUGCUUAAGAAGCUGGGUUCUGGUGAUAUUGGCAGUGUGUAUCUCUCUGAAUUGAGUGGCACGAAGAGUCACUUUGCAAUGAAGGUGAUGGACAAAACAUCUUUGGCGAGUCGGAAGAAGCUGCUUCGGGCACAGACUGAGCGGGAAAUACUGCAGUCCCUGGAUCAUCCAUUUUUACCAACCCUAUAUACUCAUUUUGAGACAGACAAGUUUUCGUGUCUGGUUAUGGAGUUCUGCCCCGGAGGGGAUCUGCACACUCUUCGACAAAGGCAGCCUGGAAAACAUUUUUCAGAACAAGCAGCAAAGUUCUAUGUAGCAGAGGUGCUCCUUGCAUUGGAGUACCUGCAUAUGCUCGGGAUCAUAUACCGUGAUCUCAAGCCAGAAAAUGUCCUAGUUCGGGAGGAUGGCCACAUCAUGCUGACUGAUUUUGACCUCUCUCUUCGCUGUUCAGUGAGCCCAACCGUGAUCAGGUCCGCAAAUCCUGGCUUGGAUGCAAUGCAAAGGAAUAAUGCAGCAUACUGUGUCCAGCCUGCUUGCAUUCAACCAUCAUGUGUUGCUCCAACCACAUGCUUUGGGCCUCGAUUCUUCUCAAAGUCCAAGUCCAAAUCCAAGUCCAAGAAGGACAAAUCAAAGCCUGAUGUCGUGAACCAAGGUAACCUCUUCCCUGAGAUGAUCGCGGAGCCAACUGAUGCUCGGUCCAUGUCCUUUGUUGGCACCCAUGAGUACUUGGCCCCAGAAAUAGUAAAAGGGGAAGGCCAUGGCAGCGCGGUGGAUUGGUGGACAUUUGGCAUAUUCUUAUACGAACUACUGUUUGGCAAGACCCCUUUCAAGGGUUCAGGCAACCGGGCUACCCUUUUCAAUGUGGUUGGUCAGCCCUUGCGGUUCCCGGAGUCCCCGCUGGUGAGCUUUUCUGCCAGGGACAUGAUAAGGGGAUUACUGGUCAAGGACCCGCAGCACAGACUUGGCCACAAGCGUGGAGCUACGGAGAUAAAGCAGCACCCCUUCUUCGAGGGAGUGAACUGGGCUCUUAUAAGAUGCGCGAGCCCUCCAGACAUACCGAAGCCCGUGGAGCUCGAUUGCCGCCCCAAGCAAGUUCCGUCUACAAAUGGGAAGGUCGUGCCGGCUGCCAACCAAAAGGGCUCAGAUAACUAUCUAGAGUUUGAAUUCUUCUAGCCUUUCCGUGGUACAUGAAUCUGAACUGGAACAGUGCAUUUGAGCUGACGCACCACAGAAAGCGAAGAUGUAGAGCCCCUCUUGGUUGGGAAGGCACUCUUAUUUGUUGUAGAUUGUAAGCUCAUUUUCCAGAGGUCCCCCUCCAAAGUUUUCUUUUCUUUUCUUUCCAUUGAACUUCUUAGCUCUAGUCGAUACUCUAUGCAUGUUCGUUGCAAUUCUCGGGAAACAGCCUAUCGUACUUGGAACGGGAUUUGAGUAGUACUUGUUCAAGAUGUCAAUGUAACCGCUAUUCAUAAUUUGCAACUUAUGUUUCUUCCUGGUA